CUACCGGUAGGCGAACACAAUGUCCCUGAGAUAUUCUACGUAAGGAUCGAAUGUGAGGCAACGUCUGUGCACCUUAGGCCCGUAGCGAGAAGCAAUACGAGCAAUACGGAGAACGAAAAUAGAAGUAUAAAUGACAUUGUUAUCACAGCGUCGCCCGUGUACGUUCCGCCCGGGACCACGAAACUGAAGAAAGGCGAAGCGAUCGAUCAUCCAGUCGGUCCAAGAUACUCGACGCUGGAUCGCGAAAUGAUAGCCAAACUGGACGCGAGCAAGAUGCGAAUUCAGCAGCGAUUCAAUCCACCCGCGGCCGGACUCUUCGUCGACAAGGACUCUUUCACUCAGGCGAACGGAAGGCCUCAGAAAGGAGCGAUCACGUCGGAUGUGAUGGAAAGCCCUCCGAGCAUGAACUCCUCCACUUUUCUCGGCCCGAUCUUUCCCGGGAUAUAUGAGUACAGCCCGAGUACCGGCCCGGUCUUCGACGAUGAAUCACCGAUGUCGAAACCAAUAAUCAGCAAAUAUCCGCCUGCGCCCAUGGACGAUCAGAUUCCGGAUUCCUACAAACCGCCGCCGAGCAAGUAUCACACCAGCGGCGAGCACGAGACGGACUAUCCCGGUUUCGAGAUAGCCUCUUCGUACGAGAACGACGGAUCGAAACCUGUGAAAUUUGCGAAUCAUCACGAGCAUCCGCCUCCGUUCGUAGAGGACACGUACGAGCAUCACGAUCAUCACGAUUUUCAUCACGACGUGAUCUACGAUCACAUACCUGUGUAUCACGAGCAUCAUCCCAAGACCACGACGGAGGAGCCGGAAAUGAACGACCAGCGACUCGACAAGAGGCCCUACUCGUAUUACUUCAUCGGAAAGAAGCUCUGGUACAUACCGCUGUACUUUAGCAUCUAUUUUAUCAUAUACAUAGCGGCGCUCGUACUGAAGAGCGUCGCCCGGCACAAGAUCAAUUUUCCGGCUCAACUGGCGGAAGCCGUGAAUCAUCGCAGAAGACGCGAAUCUAGCGAAGGAUGGUGGCAAUUUACCGAAAGGAUACUCGAAGGACUGGAACGAUUCGCUGAAACGUCCGGUGAAAAUUCUUGUGUAAACUGUCGCUGAAAAAAAGUAUCGAGAAAAAAGUCAAAUAUAUUUUUAAUAAUUGUUUACCGCUGGAAUACUUACAUUCGACUAUUUUUAAAUACAAACGAUUGAGUAUAGCGAUAAGUAGUUCGUACGUAAAACAUUGUUAAGAACGUUUAAUAAACAAUAAUUAUUUAUUUUAUACACCCAUACAUUAUUUAUACGUAAUUUAUCAUAAAUAAGACAAUCACGUUAAUCAAUAUAUGAUAAUUAUGUGAAAGUUACAAAUUAGACUUAAAAUCAUAUGGAUUUAAAUAAAUUUUAUAUAUAUGCAUUCCUAGCUACGAUACAAUCAUUUUCAUUAUUUCUGUAUUUACUUAAAAAUAAACACAGUACUUACGACAUUAUUGAUGAAUUUAUUUGUCAUCACAACGAUGCGUUUUACUAAUUCUUAAAUCUGCUUCGCAGAUAUUUUACAAAGA